AUGUCAGGAAUAGAACGAAAUCUUGGACUUUUCGACUUUGGCCUCUUGGUGAAGGCCUCGGGCGCGAAUCCUGAGGAAUUCGGGUUGCCAGCUCUCAAGGUCCAAGAUCUACCAAGUUGCGAUCUCUCAUUUGGCCACAAGGCUUGCACUCGAAAAGAGACCAUGACGAACAAAACCUUUGAAGAAUCUCUCCAUUCAUCGCUGCUUGAGCCGCUGGGGCUGGACCGCACAUCCUUGGAGGCGCCAAAGAACAAGAGCAAUGCCGUCAUUCCCGGCAAUGAGACCACCUCGUGGUGGGAUAUGACUUUGGCCGGCGCAAGCCCUUACGGUGGCAUGUUCUCGACGGCAGCCGACCUGACAACCCUUGGACAAUCCAUCCUUCGCUCGUCCAUCCUCCCUGCCAACGAAACCCGGGCUUGGCUCAAACCUCUCUCACAUACCUCGGAGCUGCAAAUGUCCAUCGGAAUGCCGUGGGAGAUCCGACGAGUACUGCUGCCCACAUCUCCCAAGUCCAACAAGACUCGCGUCGUCGACCUCUACACGAAAAACGGCAUGCUAGGACUCUACAGUGCCUUUUUUGUUCUUUCGCCCGAUCACGACUUUGGCUUUGUCAUUCUGCUUGCCAGUGAAUCUUCGGGCCUUGACAUGUGGCCUGUUCUACCUAGUCUUAUGACCGACACGUUGCUCCCUGCCGUCGAGGAGGCCGCAAGGGAAGAGGCCAAAAAAAGAUUUGCAGGCUCGUACAAGAGCGCAAGCGGAAAAUUGGAGGUUGGAGUUGACAAGGAACUCCCAGGUCUGUCAGUCCGGAGCUGGACCAGAGGCAAAGUCGACGUUCUGAAGACGUUCGAGACGGCUCUCGGCAUGAGGUCCGGCGGGCUUCGGCUCUACCCCUCGGGGUUAGAAGGAAACGGUAAGAUUAGAUUCAGAGGUGUUUAUGAAAACGAGAGGGAGGUGCCUAUACCGAGCAGCGUCGAUCCUUGGGUUGAUCUUUGCAUGUCAUGGGGCGGCGUGGACGCUCUCAAGUACGGCGGCAUUGGCAUUGACGACUUUGAGUUUGAGUCGGAUGAAGGCGGAAAAGCAACUGGAAUCAGGCCUAGGGUAUGGAAAGAGGUUCUUCCUAGAGUCGUCAAGUGA